AAUCAGUAGAGUUCACUGAACCGUCGCGAAGAGACGUUUCCGCCCACAAGAAAGAUGGCGGCUCCCUUGCUGGAGAAUCUCUCGGAGUCCUUAGGUUCCCCGGAGCCAGCGGUUCGACUCAUAUUAUCUAUUUUAAUCGGAUAUCCCUGUGCUCUGGUGUACCGGCGGUUCUUGUUCUACCAGCCUGCAACAGUCAUACACUUGUUCCACGCGUUCUCUGGACUGGCUCUGGCAGCAUUCAACUUCGGCUCUCAGAUCUAUCACUCCGCAGUAUGCAUCCUUGUCCAAUUCCUGAUGCUGAGGCUCAUGGGAAGGACGGUAACAACUGUCCUGAGCAGCUUUACCUUUCAAAUGGUUUACCUGCUGGCAGGGUAUUACUACACAGCGACAGAGGAGUAUGACAUCAAAUGGACUAUGCCUCAUUGUGUACUCACACUCAAACUCGUUGGUCUGUCAUUUGAUUACUAUGACGGCGGGAAGGAACCAUCCCAGUUGAGUUCAGAACAGAGGAAUGGAGCCCUGUCGUCUGUGCCCUCUCUGCUCGAGAUGUACGGCUUUUCCUACUUCUAUGGGGGCUUCCUGGUGGGGCCUCAGUUUACAUUGCGCAGCUACCAGAAGCUGGUGGCAGGGGAGCUCACCGACUGCCCUGGACAGCCUCCAAACAGUGUUAUACCGGCUAUGAAGAGAUUUGCUUUAGGUUUUCUCUGCCUGGUGAUUUAUGCAAUAUUUAGUCCCUAUUACCCAGACAGCUACUACUUAACAGAUGAGUAUGAGGCUCAGCCCUUCUGGUAUCGCUGUGUGUUUGUUCUGCUUUGGGCUAAAGUCAUUUUGUAUAAAUAUGUCAGCUGUUGGGUUAUAGCGGAGGGUAUAUGUAUAUUAGCUGGACUAGGCUACAAUGGUGUAGUGGAUGGAGAGCACAAGUGGGACGCCUGUGCCAAUAUGAAGGUGUGGCUCUUCGAAACCACGCCGCUUUUUUCAGGAACCAUUUCUUCCUUCAACAUCAACACAAACGCCUGGGCUGCCAGACAUGUCUUCAAGCGGUUGAAGUUCCUCGGCAACAAGACCCUGUCUCAUGUGACGACACUCAUCUUCCUAACGAUUUGGCACGGCCUUCACUCCGGAUACAUCCUGUGCUUCUCUAUGGAGUUCUUCAUCAUCACUGUAGAGAGACAGGCCUUGGCACUAGUGAGGGACAGUCCCUUGCUGACGAAGCUGGCCAACAGCCCGCUCUACCCUCUCAUCUAUGUAGUCCAGCAGUUCCUCCACUGGCUCUUCAUGGGCUACCCCUUAGUGCCGUUCUGCCUCUUCACUUAUGACAAAUGGCUCAAGGUGUAUUCGUCCAUCUAUUUCUGUGGACACGUGUUCUUCCUCGCAGCCUUUUUAAUCAUACCAUACCUCCGUAAGGCGCUGGUGCCUAAGAAAGAACGGAGUCAGAUAAAGCAGGAUUAAAACUCGGUACUAAGAGCUGGCAUGGUCCGUCGAAGGCUGAAUAUCCACUGAAGGGAACUGUGACUUUCAAGGAGCAGAAUGGAAAAUAUUUUAAGGCCUUUAGUAAUAUAAAUAAAUAAAAA